CCCCACCCCGCCUCUAAUUGCUUUCCCUUUAUUUAUUCAUUUCUCGGGAGCGGAGUUACCUCCCUCCCUUCCCCGGGCGAAGGGGAGCGGGGCCGGGCGAGCACAUCGCGCAUCCACCGGGCGGUGGCGGGGCCAGGGGACACGCAAACACACACACACACACGGAGCGGAGUCACCGGUACCUCGGAGCUUCCCCGCCGCGCCCUGCGGAGCCGUGGCCGGUCGCUGCUCCCCUUUUCCCGGUCACUGCCGCUCCCGUUUUCCCGGUUUCCCGCAGCACCGGCAGCCUCGGACGGGUCUCGCCCCCCCCGCACCGGAGCGGGGGGAAACUGGGUGAUUUCCACCGGGAAUUUGCGCCGUUUCCUUCGGGAUCGGGCCGGUUUUUCCCGGCAUCGGGUCGCUUUCCUCCUCCCCGCAGCGCCAAGGUCCCGCCGAUGCCGAGGAGGUGAGGCCUGAGCUGAAGCUCACACCGGCGCUGCUCCCCGUGGGACCUUCACCUCCUUCCCUCACCUCAUCCCACCCCUUCCCCCCCGGGGGCCCCCCAGAGCCGCCCUCAUGCCCAAGAACAGCAAGGUGACGCAGCGGGAGCACAGCAGCGAGCAUGUCACCGAGUCGGUGGCCGACCUGCUGGCCCACCAGGAGCCCGUGGACUACAAACGCAGCGUCCUCAACGUGACGGGAGGGGAGGGCUGGGACAAGCAGAAGGAAGGGGAGGAGGACCUGGAUGCGGAGAGGCCGGCCUGGAACAGCAAGCUGCAGUACAUCCUCGCCCAGAUCGGCUACUCUGUGGGGCUGGGCAACGUCUGGCGCUUCCCCUACCUGUGCCAGAAGAAUGGAGGAGGUGCCUACUUGGUCCCAUACCUGGUCCUGCUCGUCAUCAUCGGGCUCCCGCUGUUCUUCCUGGAGCUGGCGGUGGGGCAGCGGAUCCGCCGGGGCAGCAUCGGAGUCUGGAAUUACAUCUGCCCCCGCCUGGGGGGCAUCGGCUACGCCAGCUGCCUGGUGUGCUUUUUUGUCGGUCUCUAUUACAACGUCAUCAUCGGCUGGAGCAUCUUCUACUUCUUCAAGUCCUUCCAGUACCCCCUUCCCUGGAGCGAGUGCCCCCUCGUGAAGAACGGCUCGGUGGCCGUUGUGGAGACAGAAUGCGAGAGGAGCUCGGCCACCACCUACUUCUGGUACCGGGAGACCCUGGACAUCUCCAACUCCAUCUCGGAGAGCGGGGGGCUCAACUGGAAGAUGACCCUGUGUCUGUUGGUGGCCUGGAGCCUUGUUGGCUUGGCCAUGAUCAAAGGCAUCCAGUCCUCGGGGAAGGUGAUGUACUUCAGCUCCCUCUUCCCCUACCUGGUCCUGGUUUGCUUCCUGGUGCGGGGACUCCUCCUGCGUGGGGCAGUGGAUGGGAUCAUGCACAUGUUCACACCCAAGCUGGACAAGAUGCUGGACCCCCAGGUGUGGCGAGAGGCGGCCACGCAGGUUUUCUUCGCCCUGGGCCUGGGCUUUGGGGGGGUCAUCGCCUUCUCCAGCUACAACAAGCAGGACAACAACUGCCACUUCGACGCCACGCUCGUGUCCUUCAUCAACUUCUUCACCUCCGUGCUGGCCACCCUGGUGGUGUUUGCUGUGCUGGGCUUCAAAGCCAACAUCAUGAACGAGAAAUGCGUGGUGGAGAACGCCGAGAAGAUCCUGGGCUACCUGAACACCAACGUGCUGAGCCACGACCUCAUCCCACCCCACGUGAACUUCUCCCACCUCACUGCCAAGGACUACAGCGAGAUGUACAGGGUGAUCAUGACGGUGAAGGAGGGGAACUUCAAGGAGCUGGGCUUGGACCCCUGCCUGCUGGAGGAUGAGCUCAACAAGUCGGUGCAAGGGACUGGCCUGGCCUUCAUCGCCUUCACCGAGGCCAUGACCCAUUUCCCGGCCUCGCCCUUCUGGUCCGUCAUGUUCUUCCUGAUGCUGAUCAACCUGGGCCUGGGCAGCAUGAUCGGGACCAUGUCGGGCAUCACCACCCCCAUCAUCGACACCUUCAAGGUGCGCAAGGAGGUGUUCACAGUCAGUUGCUGCAUCUUCGCCUUCCUGGUGGGGCUGAUCUUCGUGCAGCGCUCUGGGAACUACUUUGUCACCAUGUUUGAUGAUUACUCGGCCACGCUGCCUCUCACCGUGGUGGUGAUCCUGGAGAACAUCGCCGUGGCCUGGAUUUACGGCACCAAAAAGUUCAUGCAGGAGCUGACGGAAAUGCUGGGAUUCCGGCCCUACCAGUUCUACUACUACACCUGGAAGUACGUGUCGCCCAUCUGCAUGGCCGUGCUGAUGACCGCCAGCAUCAUCCAGCUGGGAGUCAGCCCGCCGGGAUACAGCGCCUGGAUCAGGGAGGAGGCUGCCGAGAAGUUCCUGUUCUACCCAACCUGGGCCAUGGCCAUCCUCAUCUCCCUGAUCAUCCUGGCGUCCCUCCCCCUGCCCCUGGUCUUCAUCCUCCGGCAGUUCCACCUCGUGUCCGACGGCUCCAACGCCCUCUCCGUCACCUACAAGAAGGGCCGGAUGAUGAAGGACAUCUCCAACCUGGAGGACAACGACGAGACCCGGUUCAUCCUGAGCAAAGUGCCCAGCGAGACGCCGUCCCCCAUGCCCACCCACCGCUCCUACCUGGGGCCCGGCAGCAAUUCCCCCAUGGAAAUGAGCAGCGCUCCCAACGGACGAUACGGGAGCGGUUACCUCCUGGCCAGCACCCCCGAGUCCGAACUGUGACGGCCCCCGCCCUGCCCGCCCCUCCCUUCUCCCCGCUCCGCGCCGGGAGAGGAGGGCACCGGCGAGUGGAUCCUGGCUUGGCCGGGCAACGGGAAAAAAAAUAAAUUGCUAAGGAAGACGAAGAAGAAAACACCCCCCGAACCCCCCCAACUUCUUAAAAUCAUAGCCCAAAGCAGCCGUUCCUGAGGUGACUCCGGGGAGGAGGGAUUGAGGGAGGGGCAGGACUCCUCCGACAACCCUCGGCUGUGGAAGGCAGGGCCGCCCCCGGGGGCGGGAGGAGGAGGAGGAGGAGGAGGAGGAGGAGGAGGAACAAGAGGCGCUGCGACCUUUCCGAGAGCCGCUCUCUCAAAUCUGAAGCAAAGAAUCUCUUUUUCUAAGCAGCUGAUGGUUGGAACAAGGACCUGGAGGCGGGUUGGGAAGCCGAGCCCGCUCCCCUCCUGCCGCCCAGCGCUCUUCCCUCCUGUCCUUUGUCCUUUAUCCGGGAGGAGUCAUGGCCUUAUUCCAACGAGCACAAUUUACCCCUCGGUGUUCAUAGCACAAAGAGGUGCUCUUGUCGUCACCAUCGUCGUUGUUGUUGUAUCUCCCCUGUAGGUUUUUAUAGCUGUGGACACACCCAAAUAACCCCCCCAAAAUCGUGACCAGGGUUGGCAGAGGGAGCAGCACCCGGGGUGGGCGGGGGAGUGGUUGGGGCUGUGGAUGGUGGAUCCUUGGAAUCUUUCUUGCCACCAGCACGGGAACGGUGGCUGGGGGUGGUUUGGAGGCACGGAGGUGGCGUGGCUGUGCGAUGGAGUGGCAGUUUGUGUGCUGAAGGGACGGUGGUUGGGAUGUGUGAGCGUUGUGUGGGGUCAGGCUGGGGGACAGGGACGCUCUCCUGGAGCUGCUCUUCACACGUGGGGUGUUCUGCUGAACCGAAAUCCCUGGCAUGGUGAUCGUCUCCUCUUGCUCCCCUCUUCAGGCUGCCCAGAGGGACGCCCAGAGAGGCUGUGGGACAUCCUCAGUCCUGCUUUAGCUCUCAGGAAUCCACCCCCCUCCUGAUUUACCCCCUGUGCCCCUCCAGCCAAGGGCAGCUGGGCAGUGAUUCUCUCUGGACUGGCCUCCUCAUUUCUCCUCAUGUUCCCUUUGAUACCCCCCCCCUUUGGGGGUCCUGUUGCCCCCCCACAGGAGCUCAGCAGCUUUUGGAUGGGGUGACCAGUUUUUGGGAACCACAGGCAUCCGUUGGAGCAGCAGCUGUUGGGAGUCCCAGGAGUGGGAGAUCCCAGAUCUCCUCGGCUCUUGAUGAGGGUGGGGAGCCCCUGGUAGAGCCCAGGGGCCUCUGCUGUGCCCAUCCAUGUUUUUUUUGGGGGGUCAGAUUGAUGUGAAUUCAGCUUGUUUCCACCCAGGUUUCUUGGGAAAGGGUGGGAUCUCCCAGCCCUGAGUCUCUCCCACCGGGACUGGGGGUCAUUUCCCAAAUUCCCUGAAUGCCACACAUGAUCAAGCACUUCUGCCGAGGGUCCCACCAUAACCUGGCACAUUCCCCCUUUCCCAGUGGGGGCUAGGGAAGCAGCAGCCUGCUUGGGCUCUGCCUCUCUCUCAGCACUUUGCUGUGGCCUCCAAAAUCUGGGGGAGCAGCUCAUCCUUGGUCCUGCUGGGCUUGGGUCGUGUCUGAGGGUCAGGUUUGGGGGUGCUGGUCCAUGAAUCCUUCUCUCCCUUCCCUCCUCUGCUUUCCUGUCAAUGGCUCUUCUUCCACCCUUGGUUUUGUUUGGGAGGUGAAGGCAGAAGGUUCCUGCUCCGUUCCCCACAUCCCUGACCUCUCUCAGCAUUCCCAGGGCCAGGAGGUUCCCCACUGUGGCAUCUCCUGUGGGUUCUGAUCCUUUAUUUGUAGCCCCUCUUCGUGGGCUUGGCUGGUGACCCAGGCACUCUUCCUGGCCAAUUAACUCAAACCCUUCAUCAACCAUUUUUCCUGGGAUAAAAACAGAGGCAGGGACUGAACUGAGGCAGCUCAGUGGUGGCUCUGAGAGGCACCAGAUCUGUGUGGUUGGGAUCAGCAAAGCUCCUCCAGCAGUGUUCCCCCCUUUCCCCAUCCCUCCAAGGUCUUUCUCCUUGCCCUGCCCAUGCAGAGGGACAAUGAAACGUCCCCACUGCACCACCCCUGGAAGGGAGAAGCCCAAACCUGGGGGGUUUCUCUUGGUGUUACUCAACAUGUUCUUUCCCAUCUCUGUUUGGAUCCCAUCUCCACCCGACCAGCAAAACAAAUCCUUGCCCAGCAUCCCCUUUCCCGUGGAGUCAGCAGAGCAGGACACGUCCCACGGCCAAAGUGCUUCAUCCCAUCCACCCCCAGGGUGUGGGGUUCCUUUAACCCCGGGGGAAAAAAGGAUCCAGCCCCCGUGUCUCCCACCCCCCACCCCAAUUCCCAAACCAGCCAGGGAGGCUUUGCUUCCCUCCCCUCUCCUUGCAGCAUCGACGGGAGGCGAAGUCAAACAAAAAAAAAAAAAGAGCUAUAUUAUAUAUAUAUACACAACUAUAUAUAUAUAAAAUAUAUACAGAGAGAGGAGAUGGAAUGAUAACCUAGAGAUUCUCUAUUUCUAUUGUAUAUUUAUUCUGUAAAUGUCACUGUAAAUGCUGUUAAAUGACAAACCGUACUCCAAAGUGGCCCGUGAUCUAUCUUCAUUCCCAGUGCUGUACAGAUCAAUUCUCAUUCUAGAGAGGGACGUAUUUUUAACCUUUUUAUUUCUUGUCCGUGGAUAUGGGGGAGGGGGUGGGCGUCCCUUUCCCCCCGCCCCCAGCCCAGGGAGGGUCCAACUACCCCGGGCGGAUCCCGCAGAGAGGAAGAGGAGGAGGAGGAGGAGAAAGAGGAGGAGGAAGAGGGACGACACCUUUACUUUUAUCUGUGGAAAUACUGUGUUUUGUCGUGGCAUUCGGUGUUAGACGCGGGGUGUUGGGGGUGGGGGGAGUGUGUGUGUGUUUGUUUGGGUGGGGGGGUGUGUGUUUAAGUGGUCCGUGUCGUCGCGUGUGUGUCCGUGCGUGGGGUGUGGUGCGCGUGUCCGUGGGUGUGCCUGGGUUUAGGAUUCACUUCUGGCUGUUCUCUCUCACUCUCCGAGCCUGCCUUAGGGCCGGGGCUGCGGUGGGGAGGGGGUUUCUCCUGCUCGCCGGGGCAGGUUCUCCCUCCACGCUCCUCCUCGGGGUCCCAGGCUGUGGGUGGGGCCGACCCCCAGUGGCUUUUUAGCCCCCGAAAUCACGUUGGUUUUUUUUCCUCUCUCUCUGCACAGGGAAUAGGGAAUAGCUGCUAGUUGUGAGCACAGGCACUUUUUCAGUUCUCCUCCGGGCAGUGGGAUGAGGACGCUGCCGAUGUCACUGUCCCCCCUCCUCCCUGCUCGGUUCCCAGCCCUGAUCCUGCUGCCUGGGGACAAGGAGCUGCUGGGGGGACUGGGAGGGGGUCCAAGCCCUGGGCACGGAGCUGGGAGGGGCUCAGCGGGUCUGGAGAAGACAGAAAGUAGGGCUAGCAGUUGGGAUAUUCCAUCCCCCAGCACCGGGCUCUGCUCCAGGGGCUGGACCUUGAUCCCGGUGCAGGUCAGAGGGGAUGGCUGGAGUCAGAGGGAUGGCCCACGGCUCCUUCCCUUCAUUUUCCCCCAGAACAGCCCCUGCCUCACCUCCCAGCCCUCACCCAGAUCCUGACAGGCCACACGAAACUCCAGCACCUCCAGGAGCGACUCCCACUGCCUUCUCCCGCCCCUGGUCCCCUCCCCGAGCCUGGGUCUCGCUGGCAGGGGUGGAAGCAGAGCUGGGUGGCCUUGGUGGCUGGGACAGUGGCCUUUGGUGGCUGGGAGGGGACAAUGCACAGCCACGGGAGCACCCAGGAAGGAGCUGCUUCCCUGGGGAGAGCACAAAGGCUGGUGGAACCCUCCUGUACAGGUAAAAGCACAGAUCCCAUCGUGGCACAUCCCCUGUAGCCCCGUAGUUCCCACUCGGGCCCCUCGGCCGCCGAGAGAAACCCUGUAAGAGCUGUAUCCAGAGUCUGAUUAAAAGUCUCUUCUUACCAAA